CGCGACACACCAUGGCAGUGCAGACUCCUGUGCCACUCGUUUCCUACCUCUCCGCAGUCGUCUUCCUGCAUAUAAUCCGUCGAGAACUCACUCCGAGGAUACACAUACACACCGGGGAUGAGCCUGGAUCAGAACCUCUUCACGCUCAUCGUCACACCGUCAGCCGAGAACCCGCAUGUCGUUGAUCUCAUAGAUCCGCAAGGCCGCACGCACUACCGCAAGCAGCGUGUGGCUUCAGUGGCCCCCGUGUACAAAAUCGAAAUAUACGACCGGGAAUCAGAAGCGCUGCUAGUGACGGCUACCGCGCCCUCUGCCGCAAGCAAAACCAAGGUUCUCGAACUAUGCAAUCCCACGUCGACGGUGGAGCUCCGCUACACCGGAACUCUAAGCUUCAGAUGGGGAUUCAAAUGGGAAGAUCACGAAUUCGAAUGGAAACGCGAGGAAUGCUUCAUGCUCAGAAAACCCGAUCCGCCUGUUCUCGUUGCCGUGACGAGGGAGCCGCCCGGGAGGCUGAAGACGACGUCCGUGCAGAUACUGGAUUACAACCUCAAUCGAUUCGAGAUCGACGACCGCAAGGGCCUUGAGAUCGUGAUGCUGACUGCCCUGAUGACAUUCCAAGAUGCAAAUGACCUGCAUCACACACCGGAACCGUCUACGUCCAGACGCGGCUCUGGCAAUACCGUCCCGCCCGCCGUCUCCCCCGCAUCCGGCACUCCUCCCAUCCCCCUGCCUCCUCCCAAGCCACCGAAGAAACUGGGCAUUGACCGGAUUGCGGAGAUGCAAGCGAUGCGGGGCCAGUUCAAUGAAGUAUCUGUCGAGGACGAAGGCAGUGUCGAGGACUACGGUUUAUAUUGCGCCAACUUAUUCCAUGACGAUGCCAUGCUGUUCAUCAGUAUUUUGUCCGCAGAGGCUAGUCAGGUGCCCAAGGUUCUGCAAGUGGUAGAAGAGGCGAAGAGGAUACGACACAAAGCCGGCAUCACCGAGGAACUGCACCAAUACGUUCUUUACGACACGCUGCGCAAGGGACCGCGGCGGAUCAAUCUCGACGACGCCGACAAACGGAAGUACACGCCGCCCGAGAGCCUCAUCGUGCAUCUUUCUAAAAUACCGAUGCCUGAGCUCCAACCGCAAGCACCCUCAACAGGAGCCGUCGCGCCGUUGGAGCACGAACGAACAAAGAAGGAUAAGGACAGGAAGAAAGAGGGGAAGCGGAGAGAGGACAAGAAAGGACCUUCGCCACCGCCACCGCCGCCCACGAACAAGCUGAUGCGUCCACCUCACAAUCCCGGGACGUACGUGCACACGCCGUCGCCCUCGCAGCUCAACAAUCCCGGGAUCUACGUGGCUCCUCCGCCGCCCAGGAACACGCAUCUCAGGCCUCGUCCAGACGAUGAGCACCACCUCGCCUCACCCUCCUCGCGCCUGUCAGGCUUCUUCGGGGAUCUUUUGCAUCGGCCGCGCUCGGCCGCGUAGUUGAUUCGUG